UAUACAUAGUGGAAGGAACUGUGAAUAGUGAUUUUUUUCCUUCUUUCAGAGAUACACUUCUAUCAUGAAAUGGAGGUAGAAGAGAAAUACUUCCUAGAAUGAGCCCAGCCAAACCAGAAACAAGAAAAGGAUGCGUCCGUGCACCUCACUUCGAUAUACUAUGGCUACCAAGAGCAGCAAUAAAAUCAGUGGAAGGCGACCCAUCCGACUGUGUCGUCGUAGUCGGCGUCUCCAGGCCGAAGAUGGCGUUGACAGUACUCACAAUUAUGCUGCUGUCUCUUUUCCUCACAUUCCAUUUGAUAUACGACAGCGCCCUGUACAGCCUGCACGCCAAGAACGUAGAACACCCGAGGCCUCCAAUUCUGCUUCUGUCAAGGAGGUUGUAUCCGUCAGCAGCUAGCAGACUACCACAGGCCAUCAUAAUGGGUGUCAGGAAGUGUGGAACCAGGGCUUUGCUAGAAAUGUUGUAUCUGCAUCCGAUGAUUCAGAAGGCUGCUGGCGAAGUACAUUUCUUUGACAGAGACGAUAAUUAUUACAAAGGACUAGAGUGGUACAGAAUGCAAAUGCCACGCUCAUAUCCUGGACAAAUCACCAUAGAAAAAAGUCCAAGUUACUUCGUCACUCCAGAGGUGCCAGAGCGCAUCCGUGCCAUGAACGCCAGCGUGAAACUCCUGCUGAUAGUCCGAGAGCCGGUCACCAGGGCUAUUUCGGACUAUACCCAGCUGCGGGCAAACGCGGCAACAGCUUCCCCCUCAAUGUCAACAUCGCCCACCAAGUCGUUCGAGCAGCUGGCGCUGUUUUCCAACGGGUCCAUCAACGAAGCGUAUCGACCACUGGCCAUAUCGCUGUACCAUAACUACAUGCACAGAUGGCUGGAGGUGUUUCCCAGGGAACAAAUUUUGAUCGUUAACGGAGACCUCCUGAUAGAAGACCCGGUCUCCCAGCUCCAGAAGAUAGAACGCUUCCUAGGCCUCGAGCCUAGAAUAAGCACCGAGAAUUUCUACUUCAACGAGACCAAGGGCUUCUACUGCCUGAGGAACGAAACCUCGGACAGAUGUCUGAGGGAAACCAAAGGGCGGAAGCACCCUAGAGUCGAUGCUCUGGUGGUCUCCAGGCUGAGAAAGUACUACGGGGAGCACAACCAGCGGUUCUACGAGCUAGUGGGAGAGGAUUUGGGGUGGCCAGAGGAAUAAUUCGUUUUGUUUUAGGUUAGAUUCGUUGGGUCCCUAUGAUCUGGCCAGAUCUGUUAGGAAUGGUCCGUCGGAAGUUUGCUGUAUUUUUUACAAGGUAUUGUCAUAAUGGAAAGUGGAUCAGUAGGGGUUGGAUUGGAUCAUUCGGGUUCCUUUCAGAGAUUUGUUACGUCAGUGGGUCACUCCAAUCAGAGAGUUAGGGACAUAUCAUAGAUACCGAUGGAAAGAAAAAGAGAGUUGCAAGUCGUGAGGACCCUAACGAUUGAAAUCUCAUGACUUGCGACUAGGGGUCGCCAUGACUAAAAUUCUUCUUGUCUUGUCUUGAGAAGAAGUCAAGAAAUUUCGAACAUUCUUGUCUUGACGUUCUUCUUGACAUUCAUUUCUUGUACCUUUUUAUUUCACAAUAUAACCCUCUCAUCAUACCAGAUUUCGAGAAAACAAUUUUAUGAAUGACA